GGCGGGAUCUUGACGACAUUAUUUCUUCGUGCCUGGACGACUUUGAGAGAGAUAAGGCUAGACAGAACAACGCCAAGCGGAGAGCGACGGCGAAACGCCGCCAGGCGAAGAAGCUACAGCAAGCUGCGUCCAGUCUCGAGAUGAAUGAACAAGGCGAGCGAGAAGUAUGGGAACAGAGAUCAGACAUACGACAGCGCCUUGAUAGCUUGGUCAAGUACGCUGACCACGUCGAACGAGCUCAUCGCAAGGAGGAGCGCGUUCUUCUUGUUCGUCAGUUUUCCGAAGAGUCAAGUGCCAGCCGAGCCGAAUCCUCGACGAAAUCCGACCCGCACGCGGAGCCUGUGGAAGGACCUCACGCGAGGAAGCUACGGCUGUCACGCAUGCUGCCAGACUUUGACUCGUACCACGCCUUGGUGAUGGGCCAAAGACUAAAGGAGUUCCGGAAGAAGAAAGCAGAAGCGGCGCAAGAGAUCAAAGAAGAGAAAGAGGCUAGGGUGCGAGAGAAGCGCGAACGUGAAGCUCGGGAGAGACUGGCACACAUGGAAGCGGUAAUACGCCAAAGGCGGGCAGCCAAAUCAUGGGACGCACAGGAGCAACCAUCUGCGAAACAACAGCGUGAAGCGGAAAGGAAACUUGAACGCGAGUCUGGCACUGUACCCAGCAAAGCAGUGGGAGUGUUGCCUGGAGCACAAAGUAUGGCCCCGAAAUCCCGACCCGGCGCGUCUGCAAAGCUGCGCACGCAACAGAAGUGGGAGAGAACAUCUGUCGUUGAUCUCCAACCGACAUCAACGGACGAACGGUAUGAAGCUGGUGGUGCGAGCCACAAGCCCUCUCAGGGGGCAAUAGAGACAACGACAAAAUAUCGACCAAGCACGUUCGCCGGGCGGCCGAAACCGACAGUGCCAACCCAGUCCGUUGAGCAAACUGAUACUCAGGCUGAACCACGGACAACGCCGAAAUACCGACCAGGCAUGUUUGGACCGCGGUCGACGCCGACGGUGCCAGCUCAGUCCAUCGAGCAAACUGACACGCAGGCUGAAGCACGGACAAAGGCUCAAAUAGAGUUCCAAGCACGCAUGAAGGCUCGGCUGGAGGCCCAGGCUAUUGCAGCAGCCAAAAGACGGCGAGAGCUGGAACACACAACUGCAUAUGAAGACACGCGAAAGCAAGGGCUUCGAAUGGAAGCUGGGCAAAGCGCCCCUCCAUCAGUUUUGACCGGAAAGAAUGAGGAGAUACCUCGGCGCACGGAUGCAAUUCCAACUGUUCCUGGCACCACUGCUCCUCUCCGCACCCCCGGCGCCUACACUCAAUCAACGCCUCUGCCAACACCCGAUCCUGCUAUUCAUAAACAUGUCAGCGGAUGGCGGCCUCGGUCCACUGCUAUGCCGCGAGGAGAGGAUCCUGCACCACGCUCGGGUACACAAGACCCAAUGAGAGACUCUAGUGCAGCGUUCACGCACUUAGAAAAGUCACCGCGAACUUCACUGCCUAAUGCAUCACCCCGUGUUGGAAUGCAAACGCCUAAAUCGGUCGGAAACACUGCAAACUCCGCCCGGCAACCUGGGGCUGACGAUCCUCGGAGCAACCGCUUCCCACCGGCAACUAGGGCCCGGGAACACGGACUUGCGGUCAAUUCCCCUCUGCCAAAGCCCACAGUGGUCAAGGAUACUGUAGAGGCAGCUCUCAGACAGUCGGAAUCUCGCUUCGUCUCCUCCAACCGCUUGACGCCAUCGCACGACGUCUGGAGGCCGAGGAAAGCAGCAAUGAAGGACUAGGUGAAUUACAGAUUUCCUGUACCGUUAAUUUCCACGUGUGUUGUGUUACGAUCUGUGAUCACUUCCCAAUUAUCCGAUGCCAAAGCAGCCAUAGCUCCCGGGACAGCAUCACAGGCAGGUUGAUCCACUCAUUUUAUCUCAGGUAACGUGUACAAUUUCUCCCCAUCGAGGGGGGCUACAAUACAUGGGUAUGAUACGAAAUAUAGUGGUAAAAAUUAGGUAGCU